CAAUUCACCUAACGUAACUGACGCACUUUCUAGAACCUCGACGACUCUGCUGGCGCUACUCACUUUAUUUCCAGAAUAGCUAGCAAACGUGAGUCUGACGCAGCCUGCCUUUCAAACAGUUCACUCCACGGGGAGCUGACAAUUGAGGAGCUGUUUCUGCACCAAGGCGGUUCCGUAACACUCGGUUAGUAAGAACUGAACCCGCAGUAACUGUUGCUGUGCGCUAAUGGGAAUAUUUAAGUGACCAAACAGUGCGAGCUGACGGGAGACUAGCUAAGUUAGCAAAACAUCAACAACGCAAACAUCGAGGGGCAGGGCAGCUCGCUCAGGUCGGCGUAGCUAGCUUAAUGCUUCUGGUUAACUUAAUGCAAAGUUAUAAUAACAUACAACGCAAGGAUGAAGCUGUCAUUGCGUAUUAGCGUGUCAUAGCCAGGUCUGUUUGUAAACGAUGACAUGACACAGUGGCAUUGUUGCUAACUUGCUGUCCUCAUGUAACGGUAGACAUAUUUAUAGUUUGUGCGUCAUGUAGGUUACAGAAAAUACCAUUCUGUCGCCUCAUCUGAUUGGUGUCAUUACUGAUAUUCCAGAUCAGAUCCGUUUGUAGUUAUCUACCGGUGUGUCUCUUCAAAAUCAUUUCAUCGCCUGGACCUUCCAUCAAUCUGCUGCCACAAGCAGUGAAGUGGCGCGUCUGCCAGACAUGUAUUCAUUUUCAGGCCCCACAAGCCUCCCUGAAUUUGAUCUCGGUCCUCCAAGUACGUCUGGUCACCUGCAGAGAGCAACACUCUCUAACAACAGCUGGGAGGCACGAUGCCUCAGGAAGCACAGGAGGAGAGUUGAUGAUGAGGGAUGCAGUGCCAAGAGGAGGAGAUUAAUGCUGGAGGCAGAAGUGGACAUUUCGGAGAACACGAACACUAGCACUCCUCAUGAGUGGCCACCAGCAAGAAGCUGCCCUCCUGUGUCUGCACAGCAGGCCAGUCCUGCUCCUCCACAGCCCUGCACGGCCACCCAGAGCUUAACUUUGCCACAGCCUUUAACUUUGCCGCAGCCUUCCAGCCUCUCUCUGUCCCGACCCGAGACAGAGGGCUCCUGCAUGGAGAUCGAGGCAGCACAGAGGAAACUUCAGGAGAUCGAAGACAGAAUUACAUUGGAGGAUGAUGAUGAGGAUGAAGAUCUGGAUGUGGAGCCGGCUCAGAGAAGGCCGGUGCUGGUCAUCUCUGACAGUCUGAAGGAGGGUCUACAGCGCGGCAUCAGCGACAUCCUACCCCAUACAGUAGCCCAGUCUGUGAGUCAUUCCUGCAUGGAGCUGGUGUUGUGGCGACCCCCAGACGAUCCCUUCUCUCGGAAGCGAAGGGGCUCGUUACAGAAACAGCGCAAACAACAAACGGUAUCUCGGCAGCCUCUGACUCCGUGUCCAUCUCCCACCCCUCACAGUCCCUCCAGUCCACCUGCAGAAACACACUCCUCUCUGUACAGCUUCCCUGUGGCCCACAGCUCUGGAGAGGAGGACAUGGAAAUGUGAUGGUGCUGAUGAGUGGAAAAGACAUGCCAAAGUUAAAAGACUGGAUAUGUCGUCAUAAAAAAGACCAUAAAGGACUCAGAAGCACUUGAAGUUGGUCAGUUUGGCAAGGCAUGUUGGUUAUACAUGAAUAUCGUGCUUUUUUGAAAAGUUGGUGCAACACACGUUUUACUUUAAAGUCAUCAGUUGAAGUUUUUUGGCUGUUAACCGUAUGUGAGAUAUAACAAAAUGACCUGAUUUAGCAGCUUUGUUCAUUUAAAUCUCAAAGGUAACUCUUGAUCUCAGACCUUUGGAAAGUGCUUCAGACAGUCUUACACAAACCAUUUUAUAUAACGUACACAAUUGACCUUUGCCCUGAGAAGUGAGAUCAUUCGUACAUAAUUUUGCCAAGCGUGGCCAGCGACACACUGAUGUAUUGUAAAUAUGACUUUGUUCUUUGUUGAAUAUCAGUGUGCAGCACCUUAGUUUUGUAUAGUUUGUAUGUUCAGCUCCUGGGCGUCGUUAACAGGACGCCAAAGUUGGUCCUGUGUGUUCACGUUCGCUCACAGCGUGGCUUCCUACGUGCAUUUGUACUCAUGGUGGAUAGAUAAUCUUCCUGUAGCGCUUAGCAAGUAUGCCAUCUGUGAGCUUUGAGGAAUUUUGUAAAGAAGUCGUGGAAAUGCGCCUUUUUAUGAUUUUAUUGUAUUUACAAUCAGCCAUCGAGUGUUAUUUUUAUUUGUUUCUAAAUAAAAUGUUGUCCAUGUUGAGGGUCUGCAUGGCAUAGUUGGUUUUCAGGGGGUGACAUUUCGAUUUUGUUUAAUAAAUGCAGUCCUCUUUGUGGUUCAACAUCGUCAUGCUUUAAUCAUCACAUACAAGAGUCGAGGUCCAGGAUUAACGCCUGUGUACACACAUACAGUACAUAAUGUAUAACAGUAACAGUUGUUAAUUAACAAUAAU